AUGAGCAGCAGCAGCUUGGAGACCCGAGCGCUGGAGCGGUUGGUGCCGCGGUGCCUGGUGAGGCGACUGCAGCACCCGAGCCGGCACGCCGCCAGCCUUCGCAGUCCAUCGGUUGAGGUUUACGAGGGUGCUCUGGCGUUCAUCGACAUCUCUGGCUUCUCGCGCCUCUCUGAGCUGCUAUCCGAGCGGCAUGGUGCUCAGGGUGCCGAGCUGCUGCAGACCUACAUCAACCGCUACUUUCGCUCGCUCAUCGAGGCGGCGCUUGCCUCUCCGCCCACCGCCCUGCAGUGGGUGAUCGUGGUCGCUCACGGCGGCGACAUCCUGAAGUUCGCCGGCGACGCCUUCAUCGCCUCCUGGCGUGCCGACUCGGCCGCCUCUGCUCCCGGCCAGGCGGCCG